AUAAAACGCAAGUGUUUAAUUACAUUUUAGACCAUGGAAUGUGUGAAUUAAAAUAAGAAGCCAGAAAUCUAAAGCAGAAAUGUGAUGUAAUUUAUAGUACGUGUCCUUAAAGUGAUCAUAUAAGAUACUGGGUAUGUCGUCAAUCAAACGGAAACGAGCAUGCGUUUUUAAUGAGAUAACAUUUUUAGUCGUAUUAGCUAAAUAAAGCCACUGACCGCAGGUUUUACGGUGUAGUUAAUAUGAAUAUGAGCUCAGGGCUGAAAGGCGGAACUAAUGUCAUGUGAUUUCUAGUCAGGACUUGAUUAGCGACCGUACUGUUUAUCUUCCGCUACAGACACACGAAGCAGAGGAAUGCUGAGCUCUUUCUCGAAAUGUAUUCUCACGGCUCAGAGAGUUUAAUUAAACAAGCAAGGGAUAUUGACGAGCCUGAGCUGCAGAGGUUUUACAGCAGAUUAGUCAGGCUGCUCCAGGGGAAGGAGCUCGGGCAUGAGGCGGUCGACUCCCUGCAGAGGCUACUCCUCAUCCUCUUUGCCACCAAGUACACCAGGACGUUGCCAUCAGAGCUUCAGAAGAGGCUGUUAUUGCUCCUCUCAUCCCGAUCAGAGCAGUUCCAGGUGCUGAGUUCAGCUGUGCUCAGGGAGACGCUGCCCCUCUCUGGCCAGGAGCUGAACUACAGCCAGGAGAACAUUGGUCAGCUCAACACCCAUGUUGUUGGCCUGCUGCUCUCACAGGCUGGAUCCAGGGCUGAUCUGUCAUCUCUGUGCGCUCUGCUCCUUCGUGGCCUGGAAAGCCGUCAGUCAGAAGGGCCAGUUCACUUGCUCACACACACCCUGCCAAUCCUCAACACCAUCCUGACACACAGCCCCGAGUGCCUCACUGAAGAUCACGUGACCCUCCUGAGUAAAAAGCUUGUCGAUUGGCUGCGUUAUGCAAGCAUCACACAGGGAGGUGGAGCUUCCUCCGGAGGAUUUUUCACAGGACCUAGGUCGCGUCAGCCAGUGCCAAUAGCAGAGCUGGAUGGGACGGUGUCUGGGGACUUCUUUACUGUGCUGUGUGUGGGCCAAAGCUUCACUGAGGACCAGUGGAUGAAUGUUUACUCCUUUUCUAUACUGCGCCAUUGGCUCCUCACUUUCCAGUGGCAGCACCGCAGCUGAAGCUGGUAUGACCUUACGACUCAUACAAACCACAACCAANNCUCAGAGGUGGACGGAUCAGUGGUUUCUAUGGUUUCAGCAACUUCCUCCUCCAGUCGACUGCUGCCUCCAAAGGAGCGUCUUAGGGAGAAGGCCUUCCAGUACUGCCAGCGUGUUAUUGAACAGAGUGAUCGCAAGGCACACAAGAGGACAGAUUCAGAGCUGCAGAAAGCGUGUCUGGUGGAGGCGGUGCAUAUCCUGGACUGUGUGUGUGUAGAGGACGCCUCGCUGGUCUACCGAACCUUCCCGUGCAUUAAAGCGCUCUUUGGUCGCCUCAGCUCGGACCUGUCGUUCGCCAGAGUCGUGCUGCCCAUAGCACAGUUCUACCUUAACCAUGGUGAGAUGGCGGCAGUGGACUGUGAGAGCGUGUGGAAGCUGGUGUUUGGCCAGUUUCCUGCCGAGCUGUUCAAUGACCCCUUCCUGGCACAUGAGCUUCUACGCUUCCUGCGACUGAACCUUGAGAGCUUGCAGCUCCGAGUGCCACAGUACAUCCACUCCAUCCCAAACCUGUUGAAGUUUCUAGCGUGGGACAGCACGGCUGUGUUGGAUGAUUUUGUGGAUCUGCUGCCCUCUCUGGUGACAGCUGGAACUGCUGUAGAGCUGCUCCACACACUGCUGGACCUGCCCUGUCUCUCGGCCACACUGGUCUUGCAGCACAGGUCGACAUGUUUGCCCAUAUCUGAGCCAGGUGGACGUGGCCUCCUGUCACUGGAUGCAUUUCGAAACCCUUCGUUCAGAGGCCUUUUUCUUUUCCUGCUUCGAGGGGAAGCAGGCUCAGGUGACACAAUCGACAGACUGAGCACGCUCCACGAGCUGCUAGCCGAGGCUGCUGAUUGGCCGAGAGUUGUUCAGUGUGCCCAGACUGUCCCUGUGCUGUUACACAUCUUUUUCAACACUGUUGUUGAAGUAGCUGAUGAGAAGCUAUUAGCCCACCUUAUUCUGGUGAUGCUGGAGAGAAGUAGCCUCCUCCUCAACCUCCCUACAUAUAUCGAAGAGGUCCAUAGAGUGUUCAGCUGCCAUCUGCUGAGGCUGUGCAAGCUCCAGCCCUCGCUGGUAGUGGACCAGUCUCGUGAGCUGGUCGAAUUUGCUGGAACCACAGCCAGCGUCUACAGCAAAGAGGAAAUGUACACGCACGUGGUGUGGGUACUGGGAGAGUACCUCUCUGUGUCAUGUGACUCUCGCUGCUCUGUGAGGCUCAUCACUUCCUGUUUUGAGGCUUUGGAGGCAGUGCUGUUUGAAAUAACUUCAUCUGCCCCACCACCUGGAACGGCUUGUCCUGCUCCUAGAGUUGUCACCACUCUAAUGAGUGCUCUUGCUAAGUUGGCGUCACGGUCACAUGACCUCAUACCCAGGGUGUCUCUUUUCCUCUCCAAGUUAAGGACAGUAACCAGAGGCGGGUCAGUCGUCUGGUGCUCCGAUGAGGAGGACCUCGUUGCCAUAGUAACACGAGGAGAGGAACUGUGGUCGCUGCUGAAAGCCCCCGGUGUGGCACAGAGCGUCUUGACGCCACCACCACAUGUCACCGUGCCGCGGUGGCACCGAGACACCAAUGCAUCCAUGCCGCUGCAACUGCGAACCCUCACCAGCCUCACUCACUCUCAGUGACACACGCCUGCACACACAAAUCAUCAUUUUGCACUGGUACCAGGAGAUGCAUGAGUAUAAGAUAUGAGAAUUUCCUUAUACAUGUAUAUCCUAAUUAAUGUUACAGUAUGUUGAGCACAUCCCCAUGGGAGGAUGCUUUGUGAGAAAUAAGAAUGUAAGAAAAUGAUGAUGGUCAUUUGCUUGCAGCAGUAAAGGGUCCUAUGAUUAAUUUAUUACAGGCUUUUGAAAAACAGUUUAUGAAUUACACAAUAGUUUACACAUAUCAAGUGAGACAGUGGUACUGUAUGAGUUCAUGUUUUCACAGUGGAGUUCCCCCGAUAAAAGAGGAGAAAACCUUCCUGCUGGAGGAUCUUAAGACUUUAAAAAAAUGAAAACAGUGACCUCCUUGCCGCUCUAGAGAAAACACGAGAAGAGCUCCAGAAUGACCGCCAACAAUGGGAGACAGAGAAAUUCUCCCUCAUGGAAGACAUGAGGAAAUAUAAAGCUUCCAAUGUGGCUCAUCUUAAUGAGAUGGCAGCUGAUUUAAAGAAGUGACAAGAGCUGGCAAAGACCUUAUAUCUCCAGGGCAGGAGGACAGGUUUACCCUCCAGGCAGAGCUGGAAAAGUCUCACAGUCCUGCCCAUCAUCUUGAGAAUAAAAAGCUUAUAGCUUGUCUGAAAGGUGCAGAUCAGCAGCUGGGCACCGUAUUUCAACAGUGGCACUGGGACAGGCAUUUCCAACAGAUCUUACUGAAAGAAUCCCAGAGUUCCAGUCUUGCUCAGCUAAAGAUGCAAAAGAAAGAGAGUCACGCAUUUGAAGCUGCUCUAAAGACAGUGAAAGAGUAAUUGAACUCAAAUGGGAAAAUGAUUUAACUCUCCCCCUCAGCUCCGACUUCUGGACAGAAAUGUGCAAUAACAUCUUUUCUAUGACCAGCAAUGUAAACUUACAACUUAUACAAUACAAGACCAUUUACAGGACCCAUACCCAUUCCC